AUGAUGAAAGCUUUCACUUUUGCUGCGAUUAUCGCCACCAUCUUUGCUUUCUUCAAGUUUGCUGCUGCCAGCAGCGAAUUGGCUGAAAACCCUCCAAUUACCAACAAGGUGUACUUUGACAUUGAGGAGGAUGGAAAGUCCAUUGGUAGAAUCACAAUUGGUUUGUUCGGUUCUGUUGUGCCAAAGACAGCUGAGAACUUCAGACAAUUGGCUAUCUCUGAGGACCCUAAGUUCGGUUACACCGGUUCUAUCUUCCACCGUAUCAUCCCUAAGUUCAUGCUUCAGGGUGGUGACUUCGAGACCGGUAAGGGUUUCGGUGGCAAGUCCAUCUACGGUGGUAAGUUCGACGAUGAGAACUUCACCUUGAAGCACGACAGACCAUACAGAUUGUCGAUGGCUAACGCUGGCCGUAACACCAACGGCUCCCAGUUCUUCAUCACCACUGUCUUGACUCCAUGGUUGAACAACGCCCACGUUGUCUUCGGUGAGGUUCUUGACGGUAAGGACGUCGUUGACUACAUGGAGAAGGUCAAGACCAGCUACGGUGACAGACCUGUCAAGGAAUUGAAGAUCGCCGCUGCUGGUGAGCUCGAGCUCACUGAGGAGGAGGCUUCUGCCAGAGACGCUGUCAAGGAUGCCGAUGCCAAGAAGGACGAGCUUUAG